GAGUUUGGGCCUUUUCUUGUGUCCUGUUUGUUAAAGGCAUGCCGGCUACAGCUUUCAAGAGGGCCAGUCCUUAACAAAGGGAAAGAGAUAAAUGUAAAUAAGCUCACAUUUUCAGAAUGAGCGGUUUGCAGUGAGAAGCUGCGGGAGCCCAGAGACUGCUACUUUGGGCUCGGCUAACCUUUCCCUGUUUAAAAAAAAAAAAUGGAUAAAAAUAUGCACUUCCAAAGUGCGAGUUGUCCGUUUACGUGUUUAUUAGCUAAUUGUCUACAGGCAUGAGCACAUUCUCUCAUCUAGCACUCUCUUUCUUGGGGAGGAAAACAUUUACUACCAGUCCCUAGUCUCAGAGUGGUGAACCCCUGCAGCCAGCAGGCCUCCUGAAAAAAAUCCAUGGGUGAUAGAAGAUUCAUUGACUUCCAAUUCCAAGAUUUAAAUCCAAGCCUUAGACCCAGGUUGGGCAAUGCUACUGCCAAUAAUACUUGCAUUGUUGAUGAUUCCUUCAAGUAUAAUCUAAAUGGUGCUGUCUACAGUGUUGUAUUCAUCCUGGGUCUGAUAACCAACAGUGCCUCUCUGUUUGUCUUCUGCUUCCGCAUGAAAAUGAGAAGUGAGACUGCUAUUUUUAUCACCAAUCUGGCUCUCUCUGAUUUGCUCUUUGUCUGUACCCUACCUUUCAAAAUAUUUUACAACUUCAACCGCCACUGGCCUUUUGGUGACACCCUCUGCAAGAUCUCUGGUACUGCAUUCCUCACCAAUAUCUAUGGGAGCAUGCUCUUCCUCACCUGUAUUAGUGUGGAUCGUUUCCUGGCCAUUGUCUAUCCCUUCCGAUCUCGUACCAUUAGGACUAGGAGGAAUUCUGCCAUUGUGUGUGCUGGAGUCUGGAUCCUAGUCCUCAGUGGUGGUAUUUCAGCCUCUUUGUUCUCCACCACUAAUGUCAACAACGCAACCACCACCUGCUUUGAGGGCUUCUCCAAACGUGUCUGGAAGACUUAUCUAUCCAAGAUCACCAUAUUUAUUGAAGUUGUUGGGUUCAUCAUUCCUUUGAUAUUGAAUGUCUCUUGCUCUUCUGUGGUGCUGAGAACCCUUCGCAAGCCUGCUACUCUGUCUCAAAUUGGGACCAAUAAGAAAAAAGUGCUGAAGAUGAUCACAGUUCACAUGGCAGUAUUUGUGGUAUGUUUCGUACCCUACAACUCUGUCCUCUUCUUAUAUGCCCUGGUGCGCUCCCAAGCCAUUACUAAUUGCUUGUUGGAAAGAUUUGCAAAGAUCAUGUAUCCAGUCACCUUGUGUCUUGCAACUCUAAACUGUUGCUUUGACCCUUUCAUCUAUUACUUCACCCUUGAGUCCUUUCAGAAGUCCUUCUACAUCAAUACCCAUAUCAGGAUGGAGUCCCUGUUUAAGACUGAGACACCUCUGACCACAAAGCCUUCCCUUCCGGCUAUUCAAGAGGAAGUUAGUGAUCAAACAACAAAUAAUGGUGGUGAAUUAAUGCUAGAAUCCACCUUCUAGGUACGAGAAUUGUCUUCAGGUCCAGAUAUGGUUUCUCCUAUGAUUUUUCCUAUGCUAUAAAUGAAAGAUUUGAAGCUAAUGAUACUGAGAAUAUAUUAAUGUUCCAGAUACAGUCAGAUAUGUUUGUUUGAACAAUUAUUAGAGAUAUGCUGUUUUGUUCAGUAAUUAUAGGUCAAGUCUAAUUACCAUGACCAAAAUGGAUUGCCAAACUCUUUUGCUGGGUUAGAAUUUCAUUGUAUCACAUUGUAUAAUAUAAGUAAGUGGUCAGUGGCCUUGAUUUUAGUGAUAUGGAGAUUACUUUAAAACUUUUAAAGAGGUAUUUCCAUUCCAAUGAUAAUUGGGUAAUUGGGCUGGGCCUAUAAGUAUAGAACAAAUUCAGGGAUUUUUUUUUUAAAUUGUGUUACUACUGAUAUAUGCUAGUCUUUUUGUUUUUUUUCUUUUUUGAUCCAUCAUUGAGUUUAUUUUAGCACAAGAACAUAUUUUAACCUAAUGUUAUUAGUAAGAAAUGUAUGGAAUUUAAAAGAGUUGGAGAAAUUUGUUAUGUGAAUUUUGAAAACAGAAAAGAAAAUGUGUUUGUAUGAAUGUGGGUGGGAAGAAACAGAAAAUUAACAGGAUUUACACAUUUACAAUCACCAGCACUGUCAGUUUUUAAAAUUUUCUUUUUUUAUACUACAUUAAGAUUUUAAUGUGAAACUUCAAAGCUAGAAACUGCUAAAUAUGUGCCUGGAUGGUGUGAAAUUGAGAAUCACAUAAAACAACAAAAUAAAUGUUAGUGAAAAAAACCUAAGCAAUGUCAACAUUUUUUUAAAAAAAAACUUUCAAUUGUCUUUCUUUUGAAAGACUGGGUUAUAUAAAGUAUUUAUUCCCCAUAUAAAAUUUUGGAGCACAAUGAAGCCAGAAAACUGCUGUCUUUGUGCCCAGGUCAGGAGUGAAUUGAAAAAA